AUGGGGGUUCCACAAGGGUGUGUACGAGGGCCACUUCUUUUCCUUAUUUACAUAAAUGACGUGCCCCAGUUGCCACCCGACAUUUCGGACGAAAACAGUUCCAGUGACGUCACAGCCCAAGAAGGGCAAGACGCAAACCUUCAAUGCACCGCCAAUGGAAGACCCCAACCUAGGGUCACUUGGAAACGUGAAGACGGACAACCUUUAUUGGUCAGGACUAAAACCAAAGACCUCGUCAGAGUAGAUUCUUUCAACGGCACAGUGCUUCACCUGAGCAGGGUCGAGCGCCGCCAAAUGGGCGCCUACUUAUGUAUAGCCUCAAACGAGGUGCCCCCAGCUGUCAGCAAAAGGGUCACUUUAAACGUCCAUUUUGCUCCUUCUGUGAGAGCUCCCAGUCAGCUCCUGGGCGCCCCUUUGGACUCCGAUGUCCAUUUGGAGUGCGUCGUGGAGGCGUCUCCAGCAGCUGUUACUUACUGGUUGAAGGGACGACCUACGACUUAUGCUUCGCAGGAGGAGGAAGGGUUGAGGGAGGAAAAUGAUGUUGCUGGACAGUUGUUGGAGAGGAAACCUGAGAUGCUCCUUGAUGGACCUGAUUCUGCAAGAUUGACAUAUUACCAUUACCCAACCACAACUCCCUCUUCCCUUGUCACGAGUAAUUUACCUCCGCAAAUCAAAGGGGCCGUUGCUCCCCCCAACCCCAGUUUCCUCAGUCUCACGUCUGUUAUGUUGUGCCAGCAGCUGCUUAAAACAUCACUUGCCGUCAACGAUAUAAUAUUGAUCAACAUCGAAAUAGGAGUCAUUAAUCACAUUGAAAGCCGCAGCGAAUAG